CACAGUUUGGCAGUCCCUCUCCCUCUCCCUGUCGUUCGCUGACUGAAACAUUCAGCCUUUUGCUCCAGGACGCUGAGCUGCUUCCCUGUGAAACCUCUGGGCUCUGGCUCUCCACACGCAGCAGCGUAAAGAAGACACGGAGGCAAACGCACCACACAUAAAAAAAAAGAGGGGGCUGUAGACGUAGGAAAGAAUCUGAUUGAAUGGGUUGCUAUGGUAACUGACUCUGGCAGGGAGACCCCGGAAAACUGGAUCGUGAAUGGGGGACAUCUCCUGUGGCAGGCAAACUAAGUAACAGAGAGACUGGAGGGAACGGGUUCAGCAUGGAGGACGGGUUUUCUGGCUACAGCAGCCUCUACGACACCUCCUCGCUGCUUCAGUUCUGCACUGAUGACAGUGCUUCUGCAGCCAGCAGCAUGGAGGUCACCGAUCGAAUUGCCUCUCUGGAGCAGCGCGUCCAGAUGCAGGAAGAUGAGAUUCAGCUGUUGAAGUCGGCACUGGCGGACGUGGUCCGGCGCUUGAAUGUCUCUGAAGAGCAGCAGGCUAUGCUUAACAGGAAAGGGCCUACCAAAGCAAGACCCUUAGUGCAAACCCUGCCAUUGAGACCUACAGUUAACAAUGGAACAGUACUACCAAAGAAAGGAAGUGGCUCUCUACCAUCCCCAUCUGGAACCAGGAAGGAUGUAACAGCGGCAACCAAAAGCGCUGUGAAGAGAAGCAAUUCUUCCGAACGUGUGUCCUCAGCUGCACGAAGAGAGAGUUUUGGAGAAUCAAAGAGCAACAGGACCCGCACUGGAUCAACCAGCAGUGGGUCUAGUGGCAAAAAGACCAGUGAGGGAAAACCCAAGGAUCCUCUCUAUAAUGCAGAGGAAGGAUACGUAAAAAUGUUCCUACGUGGGCGCCCAGUCACCAUGUAUAUGCCCCAGGAAGUUAAGGAGACCUACAGCCUGGAGGAUAAAGCGGAACUUCCGACCAAAAAGCUGAAGCUGGACUGGGUUUAUGGCUAUCGAGGCCGAGAUUGCCGAUGCAACCUGUACCUUCUGCCAACGGGAGAGAUUGUAUAUUUCAUUGCAUCUGUCGUCGUGUUGUACAAUGUAGAGGAACAGCUUCAGAGACACUACACUGGCCAUAAUGAUGAUGUCAAGUGCCUUGCAGUCCACCCUGACAGGAUCACCAUAGCAACUGGUCAGGUCGCAGGGAUAACCAAGGAUGGAAAUCAAGCUGCUCCUCAUGUUCGGAUCUGGGAUUCUGUGAGUUUGAAUACACUACACACAAUUGGAACAGGUUUUUUUGAUCGAUCUGUAAGCUGUAUUGCUUUCUCAAAAUCGAAUGGAGGGUCAACCUUAUGUGCAGUGGAUGAUUCCAAUGACCACGUCCUUUCAGUGUGGGAUUGGCAAAAAGUAGAAAGACUAGGUGAUAUUAAGUGUUCAAAUGAGCCCAUAUUUGCAGCAGAUUUCCAUCCAACAGAGACUAACAUCAUUGUAACUUGUGGGAAAUCUCACAUUUACUUUUGGACACUUGAAGGAGGCUCUUUUGCAAAGAAGCAAGGGCUAUUUGAGAAACAUGAGAAACCAAAGUUUGUACUGUGUGCGACCUUUGCUGAGAAUGGUGACGCAAUAACUGGGGAUUCAAGUGGAAAUAUUCUAGUAUGGGGAAAAGGUACCAACCGCAUUAGCUAUGCUAUUCAGGGGGCCCAUGAAGGGGGUAUAUUUGCACUUUGCAUGCUGCGUGACGGCACUCUCGUAUCAGGUGGGGGAAAAGACCGAAAGCUGAUCUCCUGGGACCGUAAUUACCAGAAGAUACAAGAAACCGAGGUUCCUGAGCAGUUUGGUCCAGUGAGGACAGUAACCGAAGGAAGGGGAGAAGUGUUACUGAUUGGCACAACAAGGAAUUUCAUCUUACAAGGCACUUUAUCUGGAGACUUUCACCCAAUCACCCAGGGUCACACAGAUGAACUGUGGGGUCUAGCCAUCCACCCAAACAAGGAACAAUUCCUAACAUGUGGGCAUGACAAACAUAUUACUCUCUGGGAUGCUGUUGCUCAUCAACCUAUAUGGAGCAAGAUCAUAGAGGACCCAGCUCAAUCUGCUGGUUUCCAUCCAUCAGGAUGUGUUGUUGCUAUAGGAACCCAAACUGGAAGGUGGUUAGUUCUGGAUACAGAGUCGAAGGAUCUGGUGACUGUUCACACUGAUGGGAAUGAGCAGCUGUCAGUCAUGCGUUAUUCACCAGAGGGAAAUUAUUUAGCUAUUGGCUCUCAUGAUAAUUAUAUCUACAUCUACACAGUGAGUGAAAAUGGCAGAAAAUACAGUCGAGUUGGUAAAUGCUCGGGUCACUCCAGUUUUAUCACACACCUUGACUGGUCGAUUGAUUCUCAGUAUUUAAUCUCUAAUUCUGGUGACUAUGAGAUCCUAUACUGGAUGCCUUCAGCUUGCAAGCAAGUAGUGAGUGUUGAAAAUGUCAGGGACGUUGAAUGGGCCACUUACACCUGCACAUUAGGGUUUCAUGUAUUUGGGGUUUGGCCUGAGGGAUCAGAUGGAACAGACAUCAAUGCCAUAUGCAGAUCCAAUGAUAAAAAACUUCUAUCUACAGGCGAUGACUUUGGCAAAGUACACCUGUUUUCAUGUCCAUGUUCACAGGCCAGGGCUCCAGGCCACACAUAUGGAGGACACAGCAGUCAUGUGACCAGUGUGAGCUUUCUGUACGAUGACAGUCAGCUAAUCUCCACUGGUGGGAAGGACAUGAGUGUCAUGCAGUGGAAAGUCAUUUAAACUGACCUCCUUUGGACAGCAAAUGUAACAAAUAUGGAAUAAUAUUUGCCAGAUGUUAAAACUGCAACUAAAAAACGAGAGAAGUUCCUGCACUUUUACAGGCCAUGAUUUGACAUUUCUGUUGAAUGUCAAAGAUUUUAUUUAAACCUCAGGAAAAUCAAGCCUCUGCAAGGUUACUGGUGCAUGGUGUGGUAAUGACUGUGUAACAGUUUUGACAGUCAUUCCAGAAAACAGACUUGCUCCUGGCCUCUACAGGCUCCAAUAUAUUUCUGUGUGGUGAAGUGAGGGUACACUUACGCUAAUGUGCAGUAUUGUUUAUACAUUUACUCUAGAGUAAUGUCCAUGAAUACAACCUUUCCUUUUAAUUGGUGAGAAUAAGCUGUAAUAAACUGUUUACUAUCAAUACUGUAUGCACUAAAUUUCCUGUAUUGACAGCCUUUCAUAAACAUACUGUAUAAUGUGUCUUAAACCUAUGUUGCGGUUUGUAUCUAAUUGUUGAUCUGUUACUAAAGCAUGGGGAAACUUGACGUUCAGUUGUCAAAUUGGUGCAAGCUGCUGUGUGUUUUCUUCCCCCAUCCCUAAAAGGAGCCACAGUCUUGAUGAUCACAGUAGUUUAUUUGCAGAACCACUGACUAAUGCACUCUAAGCCUGCAGAGGCAGUUCAGAGAGAACGAGCCUACACUUCUACGAGUGUGCAACUUCUACUCCACCUCUGCAAUCCUCUCCCCUCACCCUAUUCCCUUCCCAACAGUAUGUUGUGUGCAUGGAAAUGUCCCCAUCGUAAACAAAGCUGACUGCUUGCAAGGAAAUAUGCAGGCAGGUGUUAAACAGAGCUGGUGAAACAGCUCGCACUUUCACAAGAUUGAAACAUGUGGUUUACAUUUGAAAUGUAUGUAGAGAUUUUUUUAAAUGAAAGUUAUUGGUACAUUCUUUUAACACUAAAGUUCAAAGGCUUGUUCUGUGACUCAUCAUCAAUAAAUUAAAAUUGUUGAAAGGUA